AUGGGCUCGCACUUAAGCCCAGGAACAGAUACAGGCUCAGGUCUUGGAACAGCUCUAGGAACAGGAACAAUUCUUGGAGCAGGAAUAGGUCUAGGAACAGGUCUAGGAGCUGGAGCAGGAAUAGGUCUAGGAACAGGUCUAGGAGCUGGAGCAGGAACAGGUCGAGGAACAGGAACCGGUCUUGAAGCAGAUCGAGGAACAGGAACAGGUCUUGGGAGAGGCUUUGACGUGGCGGCGGCCAACCUGGCUGAGGGCUCAGGCGGUGUGGCGUCGGCGGCCAUCGUGGCUGAGGGCUCAGGAGGUGAGGUGGCGCCCAUCUUUGCCGAGGGCCCAGGCGGUGAGGCGGCGGCCAUCUUUGCCGAGGGCUCGGGAGGCGUGACGUGA